AUGACAGAGAGCGUACUCUUCCCUAUUACUUCAGGCGACACGCCCAUCACAGUUAAGCUCAUCAACCCGGUUAAUGCGGGUCCGGCUAUUUUGAACCGAUUUAUGGCACCGCCGGUCUCGGUGUUGGAGACAUUCACUUCGUUCCCUUCGUUAUGCUUUUUGUUAGAGCAUCCUUCCGGGCGGAAGUUGGUUUGGGAUUUGGGGAUUCGAAAGGAUUAUUUGAAUUACGCGCCUAAGAUCGCAGAAUAUAUUCCUACAACGAAGUACCGCAUCGACGUGGAGAAGAAUGUUGCAGAGAUUCUAGAGGAACAUGGCGUGCGUGGCGAAGAUAUUGAAGCUGUGAUAUGGAGCCACUGGCACUGGGAUCACAUCGGCGAUCCAUCCACUUUCCCACCCUCGACAGAUUUGAUCGUGGGACCUGGGUUCAAGGAAGCUCUGUUGCCAGGUGCUCCUGCAAAUCCAGACUCCCCGAUUCUUGAAAGUGAUUACAGUGGUCGCAAUCUCCGUGAAAUUACGUUCAACGGACCCGGAUCAAUUACAAUCGGCCAAUUCAGGGCCCUCGACUACUUUGAAGACGGCUCAUUCUACCUCCUCGAUAGCCCUGGUCACGCAGUUGGUCACUUAUGCGGCCUUGCGCGCACAACUACAAGUCCAGAUACGUUCAUCUUGCUCGGUGGCGAUGUGUGUCACUUCGCAGGGAUAUUUCGCCCAUCGGUACAUCUUCCCAUACCGGAAUCCAUCGUGCCACAUCCAGUGCUGGGAGGUGAUACCGUUGGCUUUUGUCCGGGAGAUGCAUGGGAAGAACUGCAGCGGUCUCGCGGCAGAGAUCCCACUCAGUCGCUGUAUGAUCCAACGUUCGGACAUGAUAUUCCGUUAGCGAAACGAACGAUUGGUAAAUUACAGGAGGCAGAUGCUAGUGAGGAUAUCUUUGUUAUCAUUGCUCACGACGCGCAAGUUAGAGAUGGAGUGCCGCAUUUCCCGGCGUGCUUGAACGGAUGGAAAGAGCAGGGAUGGGGGACAGAUUUGAAGUGGGCGUUUCUAGCGGUUUUGGAAGACUAUUGGCGGGAAAAAGGAGCGAUUUAA